AUGUCUUCACAUACAGAGCCCUUAAAAUGGUCGGCUCAACUCGUUGUUGCCCCUCCCAAACGCCGUCUUGCGGGUGACAAGAUCACCUUGCCACAAUCUGCCCUCGAAGCCUUGCUCGCCGCCGCACCUGUCGUGUCGAUCUCGGAUCCUGCGAGCAGGAACCUCACCUCGUCCUUCGAUCCUUUCAAUCCCUAUUCCUUUGCUGCUGAGCGCCGUGCUCGGGCAGCCUUCGGCGACCAACAACAGCAACUCCCACAUCCCCUCACUUUCCGCAUCGUCAAUCCGCGCAAUGGAAGAGCUGUGUUUGCUGGUAUCAGGGAAUUUUCCGCCUCUGAGGGCACCAUUGGGCUGAGCAGCGGUCUGCAAGAAGCCCUUGGUUUGGAAAGCGCAGCGUCAUCUGCUUCCACCUCCCGCGAGAGCACGCCGAGCGAGGAUGUGAUCAUGACCAAUGGCACAAGCACUCCUAGGGGAGCAACGGUCACAAUACAAGCGAAGCAAUUAGAAAAAGGCACCUAUGUGAAAUUGAGACCGCUAGAAGCAGGAUAUGACCCUGAAGAUUGGAAAUCGCUGCUCGAGCGUUAUCUACGAGACAAUUUCACUACCUUGACCCGCGGGGAAUUGCUUGUUGUCCCUGGGGCACGUCACGAAAAAUUUCGUUUCUUGGUGGACAAAUUCGCACCCGACGAGGAUGGGGUGUGCAUUGUCGACACAGACCUUGAGGUGGAUAUUGAGCCACUGAACGAAGAGCAGGCCCGCGAGACGUUGAAUAAACGGCUCGCAAAGAAGAGACCAGUGCAGGAAUCACAAGAAGGCAGCUCCAUCGGAGGACUGCUAAGUCUAGGAACCGGAGUAGAGGGGAAAGUGCUUCCAGGACAAUAUGUGGAUUAUGAACUGAAAGAUUGGGAUCGAAAACAAGAUCUGGAGGUGACGUUGCAGGCUGCGAAUGAUAACGCCACUCUCGAUCUUGUUGUCAGUCCGUUCUCCUCACGUCAACGUUCUAAGCCUCGAGAAGACGAAUACGUUUUCGGCGACUUGAGCACACGACCGACAAAGCGACUAAAACUCUCCCACACCAGCGUCGACCUUGAAGACGCGGAAUACGUGAGUAUUGCUAUUCACGCCUGGAGGAGCCAGCCCAGCGACUCUCAGAAUACAGAAACUCCAAUUUCAUACAGCCUCAAAAUCGAAGCAGGCACCGGGCAAGUCGAACCUAUGGAAACUUCAACUCCAGAACACUCUCCCGACGAGGUGAUAUGCAAAAACUGUCACCAAGUGGUUCCCAAACGGACACUUCCGCUACACGAAGCAUUCUGCUACAGAAACAAUGUUCUUUGUCCGAGAUGUUCUGGUGUAUUUCUCAAGAACUCCGACGCCUGGAAGAAUCACUGGCACUGCGCUCAUGACGAGGAACAUGGCAAUGAUUCGGUCUCGCGUCGGAAACACGACUCCAUUUUCCACCCACAAACUCCGUUACAAUGUCCAAAUUGCGAAUUCCAGGCCUUUGAUCUUCCGAUCUUGGCUCAUCAUCGUACAACGACUUGUCCGGGGAAAGAGAUCCUCUGCCAAUUUUGCCACCUGGUCGUCCCCCAACAAGGCCCUGAAGAUGCUUCGUUCACCGAUCCCGAGGUGCUGAUGUCGGGUCUUUCCCCCCACGAACUGGCUGACGGCGCGCGUACAACCGAGUGUCACCUCUGUAACAAGAUUGUUCGGCUCCGCGACAUGAAGACGCAUUUACUGCUCCACGAUCGGGAAAGGUUCUCCAGACCAAAGCCGAAGCUUUGCUCGAACCGGAUAUGUGGUCGGACUAUUAAACCCGAGGAUGAGUCUAGGGUACAGAAGGAACAGCUUGGCCUGUGCAACGAGUGUUUUGGCCCGUUAUACGUUACCAGCUACGAUCCUGAAGGGAAGAUGCUGAGGCGAAGAAUCGAGCGACGACUGUUACAGCAGCUAAUGGGAGGCUGCGGCAAGCCUUGGUGUGGCAAUGCAGAGUGCAAGACUGGAUAUAAACAUUUGACAGGCGAAGACAGACUUGUGUCUGCCAAGGACGGCCUAGUCAUGGUGAAACCUAUCAUCGACGAUAUCUCCCGUGGCGUUACGUCGUCCAUGGUCUUCUGCGUUGAUGAAGCCAGCCAGUCACGGAGGAACCUCGCAGCCAUGUUAGCCAGUGAGGACAACUUCGAGUUGGCAUGGUGUGUCAAAGCACUGGAAGAGGAGAAGGGAGACCUUGACCGAGCAAGAGAGUGGCUUAAACACCGAGCUCCACACAUCGGCGAGGUGUUUUCUUGA